AUGAAGUACGUUCUAGUGUCUGGAGGUGUCAUAAGUGGCAUCGGCAAGGGUAUCAUUGCCUCGUCCACGGGAUUGUUGCUCAAGACCGUCGGGCUGAAGGUCACGGCCAUCAAGAUCGACCCGUAUCUCAAUGUCGACGCCGGGACCAUGGCCCCAACCGAGCACGGGGAGUGUUUCGUGCUCGACGAUGGUGGUGAAGUUGACCUCGAUCUGGGCAACUACGAGCGCUACCUCAACGUCACUUUGACCUUGGAGAACAGCAUCACGACUGGCAAAAUGUACCAGCACGUCAUCGAACGCGAGCGGCGAGGAGACUACCUGGGAAAGACUGUGCAGGUGGUUCCGCACAUCACAAACGCGAUCCAGGACUGGAUAGAGCGAGUGGCCAGGAUCCCCGUGGAUGACACAAAGGAAGAGCCGGACGUCUGCAUAAUCGAGCUUGGUGGAACGGUGGGUGACAUUGAGAGCGCACCCUUCAUCGAGGCCAUGCGCCAGCUGAGAAGAAGGGCUGGCCGUGACAAUUUCGUCCACAUCCACGUUUCUCUGGUUCCCGUCAUCAGCGGCGAGCAGAAGACGAAGCCUACGCAGCAAGCUAUCCGGGACGCGCGCGCAGCUGGUCUGGCGCCUGACUUGAUUGGUUGCCGUUGUCAGCAACCACUCGAGGACGCCACCAUCAACAAGAUCGCCAUGUUUUGUCAGGUCGAGCCCAUGCAGGUAUUGGCCGUCCACGAUGUCGAGUCGACCUACCACGUUCCGCUGCUGCUAGAGCAACAAAAACUACCGGAUCAAUUACGCGACCUUUUCCGGCUCGAUGCAUACCCCAUCGCGCCCACGCUGGUGACGAGAGGCCACCAGCUAUGGAGCGACUGGAAGAAGCUGACCACUUCACAAGAACGCUUCCUAGAGACGGAGAAAGUCACCAUCGCCCUGGUCGGCAAGUACACUAACCUCCACGACUCCUACCUCUCCGUCAUCAAGGCGCUCGAGCACAGCGCCAUGGCCUGCCAACGCAAACUCAACCUCAUCUGGGUCGAUGCGGGUAACCUCGAAAAGGCCACGCUGGAAUCCAAUCCCGAAACAUAUCACAAAGCCUGGCAUGAACUGUGCACCGCCGACGGCGUUCUCGUACCUGGCGGCUUCGGCCAUCGCGGCACAGAGGGCAUGGUCGCGGCCGCAAACUGGGCCCGUACCAAGCCCAAGCCCUACCUCGGGAUAUGCCUAGGCAUGCAAGUCGCCGUCAUUGAAUACGCCCGCAACGUCUGCGGUCUCAAGGGCGCCCACUCGGUCGAGCUCGACGCCCGAACCACCGACCCUGUCGUGGUCUUCAUGCCCGAGAUCGACAAGGCAACCAUGGGAGGAAACAUGCGCCUCGGACUGCGUCCCACUCUUUUCCAAGAGAAGACUUCCUGGUCCCGCCUGCGCAAACUGUACGGCAACGCCCCCGCGGUGAAUGAACGGCACCGCCACCGCUACGAAGUCAACCCCGAAUAUAUCACGCGCCUCUCCGACGCGGGCCUCACGUUCAUCGGCAAGGACGACAAGGGCGAACGAAUGGAGGUCAUCGAGCUGGAGGACCAUCCCUGGUUCGUGGGCGUGCAGUUCCACCCCGAGUAUCUGUCCCGGGUGCUCAGGCCAAGUCCGCCUUAUUUGGGCUUCGUGGCCGCCAGCGCGGGCGUACUGGAGAAGGUCACCGCGCAGAGUGCCGCGAUGCAGGAACAAGUCAACGGUGAUGCCGCCGGUGAAGUGCACGGAGGCGUGAAUGGCGUGAACGGCCUGACGAAUGGAGUCAAACCGGCCUCACAUGGCUUUUAG